AUGCCUGUGUCAAUGAAAUCUUCGGAAUGCUCGCCAUUCACCAAUUGCGUGGUGAGCGCUAUGAGAAAGCUAUACCCGGAGGCGCUGGCAGACAAGAGCUUCGAUAAUACAGGAUUGCUCCUCGAAGCUCCUUUCGACAACUCCCGGAUACAGAAUAACUCGGUCCUCCUGGCUAUUGACCUCACUACCGCCGUUGCCGAUGAAGCUAUUGAGAAGCGCCAUUCGGUUGUCGUCGCAUACCACCCAAUCAUCUUCCGCGGCCUGAAAUCACUUACCUUUGCCGACUCCCAACAACGAUCCCUACUCCGCCUAGCACAGCAUGGAAUCAGCGUCUACUCCCCGCACACAGCAGUCGACACCGUCCCCGGCGGCAUGGCCGACUGGCUCUGCGACGUAGUGACAGGAAACUUCAACCCCGUCAAACAAACCCCGAAAGCCACCAUCGAAUCCUGCAACUCAAGCAUGUACUCCGCCCCAACCUACCCGGAAUCACCAAUCCCCGCUGUGCAAACCCCCUCGCAAGGACCACCGCACACCAGGUCCACAAUCCACCCGUCUCCGCCAGCCUCAAUCCCAGAAGGUUUCGAGUCAGCCGGUGCAGGCCGUCUAGUGACCUUCGCCGAGAAACAGCCACUCACUACCCUGAUCGACAAUAUCGCUUGCGGUAUCGGCCUGCCCGGCGGUAUCCCCAUCGCCAUUCCCCAAGGCCACUCUGUUGACGCUAUCUCCAUCCGUACGGUGGGUAUGUGUCCCGGCUCGGGCUCUGGUGUGCUGCUCAAAGGUGACGGCGAGCUCCCUGAUCUCCUCCUGACCGGUGAAAUGAGCCACCACGAGGCUUUGGCUGCCACGGAGCGCGGAUCUGUUGUUAUUUCGCUUUCGCACACUAACUCCGAGCGUGGGUAUCUGCGUUCAGUGAUGCAGCCUAAGUUGCAGGCUGAGGUUACGGAGCAGUGGGCUAAGGCUUUCUUGGAUUCUGCGAAGGCUAUUGAUGAUCUUAGCAAGUCUGGUGGGGUUCCACCACUGGCGACUGCACUUCGAAUUCGGGACUUGCAUAAGGAUCAAGGCGUUGCUUCGGUUUCUGUUAGUGAGGCUGAUCGUGAUCCCUAUGGUAUUAUGAUUUGGCGUGGUAACUAG